AUGGCACCAGCUACACAAAUACUGUUUCUCAUACACGUCACCACAAUUAUUUAUCUCUUUUCCUAUUGCCUACGCCACUUCCACCUCUACGCCUCUACGCCCCUACAGCCCCUACGCAUCGCACUCUAUUUCCCAUUUCUAGAAGAAAUUAGGAAAAAUGUGAAAUUUCUUCAGUAG